CGAAGAAACAAUCAGCACUGUACCUAAAUCAGGAAGCAACGAGACAUACAUUUUUUACGAAGGCAGUCUGUGAAAACAACGUCAAAACCGUGGAAGAAAAAACGUUCUUGUCCACGAGAAGAGAAACUACACAUCAAAAUCACAGCCUCUUAUUGUGGAUGCAUUUGAUUCAAUCUAAACGGAGAAGGUCUCUGCUGACAAAAUGGGACAGCAUCUAGGAAAACGCGAGCCACAGCCGCAGAGCAAGGUAAGCGUCUCAGUUGAAAGUCCCUCGUCACCAGAAGCAGAACAGACCAUAGCACCAGCACCCAUGGGUGAGAUCAUGGCAGAACCCGAGUCACAAGAUGAGGUCUUUGGCCUGGGUGAGGCAGAUGUGAACCCGAACAAUGGCUGCCCCUCUGAGAAGGCGUCGGCGGCGACUGACUCCACGGGCACUGAGGGGCCCAGCAGCUCCUGGAACGAGGCCAGCACAGCUGAUGCUGACGAUAGCGCCGCGCCACGCCCCCACCUGGUCCGCCUCUUCUCCCGAGAUGCCCCGGGCCGCGAGGACAACACCUUCAAAGACCGCCCUUCUGAAUCGGAUGAGCUACAGACCAUCCAAGAGCACAGCGGAGCGGGAUCAGAGUGCGGUUCAGAGGAUCAGGAUCUAGACUAAGUU